ACCUCUUAUGAAUCUAUAUCAUGUUUAUGUAUUCUCACCUUUCUUGAAGAGUGUAGGCUUGCAUGUGAUGUUAUGUGUAGAAAACCCUAGUUCCUAAUAUGCCUAUUUAUAUAAUUGCUUGAUACAUGAGUCUUUGAAUUACAAAGUGAAGGGAAGGGAAAGAGCAUUUUCAAAAAGAAAACUUGGUGCAAUUCCAGAACUAGGGGUUCAAUCAUACCUCAUCCAUCUAUGUGAUAUUGGAAAGAAUAAAGAGUGUAGGGUAUUCAUUUUUCUUUGUUUCAGAUUCUUGCUUUAAGCUGAGACUUCGCAUGAAGUUGAAGGUAGAGAAAAUCAAGGGAGGAAAGAAGUUGAAGAUGCUAGCAGCUUAUUUGGUUUAUUUUUUUCAAGGGUUGAUAAUAUAUUAAUACUUGCUAGAGUCAUGAUGGAGUCUGCUAAUCUUCAUCCUCAUGACCGUAGGGUUCAAGAACAGUAUGUUAAAUACUCCUCUCUGGUAACUCCGACAAGCCAUCAAGUUUCAACCAUAGAUGAAUGGAACCCAAACCUCUUCCCGUAUAUUGGUGGUAAAUACAAUAGGGAUCUGAAUGAAACCAUAUCAAAAUCAAGGGAUCCAUGUUUCAACCAACAAUCUGCAAGUGAAUUUCUGCUUGCAAACAUCAAAGAUGAGAUGUCGGAUUCCUUUCCCAAACUGAGUGAGACGAUGUACUGUCACUCUAGUGAUUAUGAUCUUGGAGGAAAUCUAUGGCACAGCAAUUUCUCCAUUGCUAACAACAUCACCGAGCUGCAGCUUUCUUCAGGAGAAUUGUACAGUAAUGUUCAUCACCCCCCAUGUCCGGGAACUACAUCGGCAACUAGCAGACGUGAUUUCAAUCAUUUCUUUCCAAGUACAAACAUUUCAACCUCGGAUUUUUGUUCCUCCUUGUUGUCAAGCUCUUUGGACUUGAACUUGAAAUCCUUGUAUCUUUUAACCUCAACGCAUGAUGGUGGAAGCCAUAAUCAAUCUUUACUUGAUAUGAUUCCCGGAAAAUUAAGCAGAAGAGAACAUAGUGAUAGUACGUCCACCAGUUCCAAAGUAUCAUCCUUUGCUAGUGGAUCUAUUACAAGCACAAAGAGGCAUGGUAGCUUUUCUGAUACAAAAGAAUCGACCCAUACAGAUGCUAAAAAGCACAGGUCCUCAUGUCCCACAUUGAAGCUGCGGGUUAGGAAAGAGAAACUAGGAGACAGGAUUGCAGCUUUGCAGAAGUUAGUGGCGCCUUUUGGCAAGACAGAUACAUCUACUGUGUUAACAGAAGCCAUUGGGUACAUCCAGUUCCUCCAGGACCAAGUUCAGACACUGAGCGUGCCAUUUAUGAAAUCAUCACAAAGCAAGCAUUAUAGGACAAAUCAAGGGGGUUCAAGAGAGGAAGAAAGAAAAGAAGAGCAGAAUUGUGAUCUUAGAAGCAGUGGACUAUGCCUUGUGCCCCGGUCUUUGGCAUCACAUUUUAUUAAUAGUUGCUGGAGUGAGAUUUAGACAUCACACCAUUGAGAGAACUUGAGGUUGUA